GUUCUGUUCAAACUAAGCUUAGCAUUUACGUGUUGAUUAUAUUUACAUCAACCAUUUCAUAGCGAACAUAUCGUGUUUCAUCCAAUACGAAUGACAAUGCUCGUUUAUUUAAAAACGGAUUGCCAGAAAUGAAAACGCCCUUUCUGAUGGACUGUAUCGGAAUGAUUGUGUCGUUGGUGCUGAUUAGGUCAACAGUUCACAGCGUUGACCCAAUCAAUUCAUUCACGCAACCAACAACUGGAGUACCAUGUAGUUGCCCCGAGAAUACCACCACAAAUACUGGGAUAUUAGCAUGCCGAGUAGCGCUAUCUGAAUAUAGUGGCUAUAACGUUACAAUCCAGAGUCAAGUUCCAUCCCAUCCUCCAUUUCAAUUAGAGAAGAAUAAUUUAGAAUGGAUUUUAAAGACUCCUUUGUAUGAGCAGAUCGACCGGGAAACAAUAUCCAAUUUUACGUUUAAGUUCAAUGCAACAAACGGUAUGUCAUCAAUAACGAGCGGGAUCUUGACGCUGAUUAUAACCGACAUAAACGACAACAGCCCUAAGUUUACAAACGAUUCACACGAAUAUACUAUAUACAAUUCACUGACUUCAGGAACUUUUCCAUUAACAAUACAAGCAACUGAUGCAGAUGAAAAGCCAACGAUCACAUAUUCAAUUUCAGCGGGAAACACUGGUAACACGUUUUCUAUAGACCCAAAGACAGGACAGCUUACUCCGACCACGCCUUGCAAUCCCAACGCGACCAUUGCAUCCACAUAUAAUUUCACUGUACAGGCCAGUGACGGUACACAUGUCACCGACACAACAGUGAUCAUACACGUUGUUGAUGAUCCAUGUGUUCCGUCGCCGUGCGCUAAUAGCGGAACGUGCAGAAGAAACCAAACUGAUUUCAACUGUACGUGUGCAGCGGGUUGGCUAGGGGACAGAAGAAACCACACGGAUUUCAACUGUACGUGUGCAACGGGUUGGCUAGGGGACACAUGUGGGGAAGCGGAUCCGUGUUUCCCUAACCCUUGUAAGAACGGCGGGGUGUGUGCAGUGAAUGGUAUGAAUUUCACAUGUAGCUGCACAACAGGUUUUCAUGGGUCAAACUGUACUGUAGCCGUUCCGACUACAAGCGCUCCGUGCAUCUAUAAAUCGUGUGGAAACGGUGGUACUUGUAUAGCUGUUGGAACUUCGUUCAGUUGCCUGUGUGUAUCUGGUAUGACUGGAAAUACGUGCUCUACAACUGACGCAACAAUCGUUUCACAAACCGACUCACAAGAGAGCUCCAGAAAUGCACUUUUGCCGGUUUUCAUCGUCGUUCCAAUUAUUGUCGUGGUCAUUGUGGUCGCAGCGAUUGUAAUUUAUAAACAUAAAAGACCAAAGGUAGAUCCGCAAGACGGUCCACGCAACCGAAAGUUUGAAAGGAGUCAAGUAACGAACUUAAUCCAGCCAAUAACUCCUUAACAUGUAUUGGUUAUAAAUUAUUAGGCCUUGAAUUAUUUAAUGAAAAGUGGCGUUACCGGUUUUUAUCAUAUUUUUAUGUUUGCAUUAUGUCGUUCUGCUUCAUUGAUAAUCAGAAUCCGUCCAUCAUUCCAUGUAGAUUGUCAUUGUCAGUGUACAAAUUAUGUAUAAUGAGUUAUCAUUACGUAAAAUAUAUGAUGUAAUUGUAUAUAUAACACUAUACCCUUAACAAUAGUAUGUGACUGGACACCUAUGCUUCAAUUGCUAACAUCUCUUAGAUCUAUUACGUAGUGAAGACAUACAAAGUAAUCCAGGUCCAUCUAAUAGUACAACAUCCAACGCCAGGAAAGGGGGACAACCCAAAAAUCCAUGUACGUUCUGUGGAAAAGGAGUUAUUAAAUCCAGUAAAGCUAUAGAUUGUGAUGAGUGUCAUAAAUGGACUCACAUUGAUUGCACCGGCUUUGUAUCCAGAGAAUUGUACGAACAUAUGUGUUUGAACUUAGUCGAAGUAAAUUUCAUCUGCAAUGGCUGCACAGCGUCGAAACUUCAUUUUGCAAAUUCCGAUAAAGAAGACAUAGACGAUAAUUUUGAUUCUCCAAAAUAACAACACUUUCGUUAAAAAUCCAACAACAGCAGAGAAUGAUCACUUUCAAUGUUUCGCCAGGAAAGGCCUUCAGAUUAUUCAUGUUAAUGCAAGAUCCUUACUACCGAAAAAUCCUGAAUUGAACAUUAUUGCUCAAAAUACCAAAGCAACCAUCAUUUCAGUUACUGAAUCGUGGCUCGAUAGCUCUAUCACAGACGGGGGGGGGGGGGUCCAUAUACCGAACUAUACCAUAAUUCGCAAAGACCGAAACAGACAGGGAGGUGGCGUGUGUGUUUAACAUCAGAGAUGACUUUGCAUUUAACACCAGUGUUGAUCUACUUACUGAUGGUGGUGAAUUUUUAUUUGUUGAACUUUUAUUACGGAGAAAUUAACCAAUAUAUAUUGGAACUGUUUAUAGACCACCUGGUCAAAGUGAUUUUAAUGUUAAAUUUGAAAAUGUUUUAAAAGAGUUAAAGUCA